GAGGAAGGCGGUGGAAGGGGGUUACGUAGCGUCGGCUCGGUAUUCUCGAAGAGCGGUAGUAGUUUUGCUCUGCCGUAAGGCUGCCUGCGGCGUUGGCGUAACGGCCGCAGUUGGCGUAGCGCUAGCAGAGGCGGCCGUGGCGGGGAGCAGCGGCGGCCGUGCGAGGAGAGGGCAGGAGGCUGACCUGAAGACCUGUACCAAGGAGUAGCACAGGAAGAGGGGAGAGAACCUGGAAGCAUUCUGUAUGUGCUGCGCACAGACUUAAGGCUUCUUCAGAAACUCGUGAUGACUUCCCAUAAGAGAUGCCUGCUGGAAGGGUUCUGCUGAAGUCAGGGCACUGCAGCCUCUAACUGGAACAGCUCCUGCUGGUCUGGAGCUGAGACUUACUUAUCUCCCUUCCUUUUCCCUUGGAGAUGUUGCAGAGAUUUAAUCUGACCUCUUUCUCCUCACCUGAAGCCUGCCGUGGCGAUGAUCCUGCAGCCAGAUCUGACCACCAAAGAGAAGAAGAUUGUGCGUUUGAGGCUGGGCCGUCGUUGUAACUGAACUGGAAUUCACUCCCCGCUUACGCUCCAGGAACAAGCGCUGUUCCUCUGCUUGUCUGUGUGUGUUUUGAGCUGCUCCUCCCUCAUCUUGUUUGGAGUUCCUGGGCUUUCCACGCUGAAUUUGCCCAUGGCUUUCCUGAUGAAGAAGAAGAAAUUCAAAUUUCAGACAAGUUUUACUCUAGAAGAGCUGACUGCUGUCCCUUUUGUGAAUGGGGUUCUGUUCUGCAAAAUCAGGCUGUUGGAUGGAGGAGACUUCGCUAGCUUAUCUACCAGAGAAGAAGUCCAGGAAAAUUGUGUCCGCUGGAAAAAGAAAUUUACCUUUGUGUGUAAAAUGAGUGCCAACCCAGCCACAGGGCUCCUGGACCCCUGCAUCUGCCGAGUAUCCGUCCGUAAGGAGCUGAAGGGCGGAAAAACCUACUCCAAGCUGGGCUUUGCUGAUCUAAAUCUGGCAGAAUUUGCAGGCUCUGGAUCCACUGUUCGUUGCUGCUUGCUGGAAGGAUACGAUACUAAGAACACACGACAGGACAACUCCAUCCUAAAGGUCACGAUCGGGAUGUCCCUGCUCUCAGGGGACCCCUGCUUCAAAACGCCGCCUUCCACUGCCAAAUCCAUCACCAUACCAGGGCAGGACUCUACCCUGCAGCUUACCUGCAAGGGUGAGGGAACCACAAGCAGCAACAGCAGUUCAGCCACAAUUGGUUCUCUGCGUCAGACCAAGCCAAGAGCAACCAUUCUCAGCUCAGCAGGUGUCCCUGAAGAACCAGAUCAGAACCUGUCCAGCCCAGAGGAAGUCUUCCACUCAGGGCACUCACGGAACUCCAGCUAUGCCAGCCAGCAGUCCAAGAUCUCUGGUUACAGCACGGAGCACUCCCGUUCUUCCAGCAUGUCUGACUUGACCCAUCGCCGGAACACCUCCACCAGCAGCAGUGCGUCUGGGGGGCUGAGUAUGACAGUGGAGUGCCCUGAGGGAGAGCGGGAACACAAACUAGAGAAGCCACCUCGCCCCCCCAGACCGGCUCUUCUGCUGGACAGACCCUCCCGGAGGAAAAAGGAUUCAGUGGAGAGUCACCCAACGCGAGUGGAUGACACCAGGAUCGAUGCAGAUGAUAUAGUGGAGAAGAUAAUGCAGAGUCAGGACUUCACAGAUGUCAGCAAUACUGAAGACAGCAACCUGCGGUUGUUUGUGAGCAGAGAUGGAACAACCACACUGAGUGGUAUUCAGCUGGGAAACAGGGUCUCAUCCGGAGUUUACGAGCCAGUGGUGAUUGAAACCCACUAAAUGUGAAGAACAGGGUAGAGCUGCUGGAAACAGGCCCCCUACCCAAUCCGCUGCCACAUGGAUGCCAACCUUUACCUCUCUUCAUGCAGCAUUCCAGAAGGGAUUUCUCCGUGCCCCUACCCAUAUGUUUGCACUGCAGAACUACUCUGAGACCACUCCAGAUCAUGCACUUUCCCUGUGUUGGCAGAACCCUCCUUCACUUCCCAAUUGUUCCAGUGCCUGCCCUCCCCGAUUGCAAACAGACCCAAAGUGUCUGCUGGACUUAUCCUUAGUCCUAGAGCAUGUUGCUCUUCUGCAUCCCUCACUACACCCAUCCAUUUGCAACGGGGGAUUUCUCAGCUUGUCUCCCCAAAACAUUGGGUUAUGCCACUGUGAACUCUUCAAACCACUUGGGGGGGAACCAUUCUAACCAAACCAAGAGCUGCUUGUUGAUGACACGGUGAAAUGGUUACUUGCAGGAUGCUUUUUUCCUUUGACUGCAAGGGAGCAUCACCUUCCAAGGCAACAGUUUUGUUGAACAAGGUAUGCAGUGGUGUACACUUCACCUUCCUACACUUAAAACCCCCCAAAUUUUUCUUCUCAUAGGAAGUAUCUCCCAAAAGUGCAUUUCAGAAAAUUACCACAAUCCAGAUGGGAGUUGAUAAAUGGUUAAAUGCUAGUGCUUGUUAUACCACUAACUGUAUUGCACCCUUCCACUGCUGGGCAUGGAAGGGCAGUGUUCAUCAAUUAGCAUUAGCAGGAGCACUUUAGAGGUUCCAGAUUUUACCUGGAGGAGGCUUGUCUCUGCUGUUCAAGGCAAAUAAUCCAUGUUUGCUGGACUGAUUCAGCAAAUCAUCACUGUUGGAUCUUGGAAUACAAUGCCUCCUUUUUGGCUUAGGAAGGGAAUUGCCCUUCUUGGACUGUGAAAAGAUUCUCAUUAUCUGAUGACCAUCCCCUGGGCCGGAGCGGGAUGCCGUUGUCUGUGGUGGCCUCGUUGGUUUGGUGGUUAACAAUUGCCUCUCUUGGCUUGGGCCAGGAAGGUAAUUGGUGCUGGUUGUCCUUUCUUGGUCUGUCAGUAGGAGUCUAUGCCUGAGCUGGUUCUUUCUGGGGCUGGAGAGAAGCUCUGCCUGUAGGGCAAGAUAAACCCGCCACCUUCGCCUUCGAAGGUAGAUGGGAUAUUUUCUGCUGUUCUCUCUGCAGCAGCUGUUCUUACCCACUCGGUGAAGAGUCAGUUUUUCUGACAAGGUUUCAAGCUUUUCUGGUUGAUCUUUCAAUUGCUCUUGUUCGGGUUCUUCUGCAGUUGUUUGACUCUUCAGCUGCCUCUUCUCCUCAAUGUGAGCAGCAGAGACGCCAGUCCCUUUCAGCUCUCACUUAUAGAUUCUCCUGGCAGCUGAAUUGCAGAUGAGGAUCUAUGCAGCCACGGGCUGUCAGCAGGCUGUGCUUUCAGCCUUUCCUGUACGGAGACUCGCGGCCUGUAAGCUAUUUCUGUGUAGUAUCCUUUCCUCUUUUGUCAGUGUUCUGUAGCAGCACUCAGCAGCCGUGCACUUUGAGAAAUGGCACAGCACGAUGCUGGCGUGGCCAGAACAUGCCCUUCUCUGACACACGUGUGCGUGCACGCUCUCACAGGCACACACUUGUUUCAUUCAGCGAGGAAAGACUUGUAACUGAUCACACUGUUGUUCAAAUUCUUAUCGUAAAGCCUUUUUAAAAGGACAAAAAAAAAAAAAAAAGGAUUAAUAGUGAUCUCUGUGGCUAGAAUGCAUGCAGAUGAGCUACUGGAAAAGGGAAUUUGGCAGAAUGGGAGAUGAGGAAUGAAAGGGCCUUGAUAUUUUUCGCCCUGCUAGCUAAGGCUGGCUGUAUGGGGAGGGUGCUAGGCUGUGAGGCAGAGCUGUACAGCUGCUUACUGUGUUCUAAUAGUUUCUCUCCUUAAGUCAGGAGGCUUCUUUCUGUAUUUGGAAUGACCAUGCAUAAGAUAUAGGUCUUCUUCACCCCUUUCCCUUCAAAGGGAAUUAAAUUUGGAUUACGGUUACAAGGGGUACGGAAAACACUUAGGUUUGGUUUGAUGUAGGGAAGUGAUAUUGGAUCGUUUGAUUCUGUCUGAAACAAAAGCUCUUUCACACUUUCUGGUGUUUUAACUGUGAUCUCAGACUGUAGGUUUGGCACUCGCUUGCAGGCUGGUGAGCUUCCUGCUUGCUCUGGGGGAGAGGUGCCCUGUUCCAGGGCUUCUGCAUGUGUGCAGGAAGGGGAGAGCUGACUGCUUUUCUUCUUUCCUGGGGCUCUGCCAGAAAGCUGGGCCUCGCCUGAUUCUCUGGUCAGGUCAGUGCAAGGGCAGAAGUACACAAACAGCACUGUGUGUUCUUGCCUAGCCUGCAGGUAACGGUGGGAGCUGGCUGUCCAGCUGCUCCCAACACGGCACCUGCUGGAAAUGAGGUCUGGGGCAGUGCCAGACUUGCAACAGCAGCAACCAGAACUUGAAAAAGGCAAAAAUAAGUCAGGAAAGAGGCCAAACGCGUCUCAGUUCUCCUGCUUUGCUUCUAUUCACGUGGAAAACAAUGACAGUUACUGUCAGAGCAAUUGGGAACCAAGCGUUUUCUUCUGGGCUUCGAUUGGCAGGAGUCUGCUGCCCUGAGACACCAGCAGCUAGGCAUGCUGUGAAACCCACUGUGGGACAGAGGAGGGAUCUCUUUCCAGCAAAGCAAAAAGAGCUGAGCCGUACAGAAAGCUUCCCAGGCUGGCAGAGUUGUAACCUGCUCCAUCGUGUAAUUGUGGCCAACCUGGAAGCGUCUCUGGCUUCUCUUCCAGCAGCUUGGCACAUCACUGCUUGCAUUUUGGAUAACUGUGUCUCAUGGGGUAUGUCUUUCUUGUUCUACAUUGUUAUUGACUGCACAGGUCCUGGUCUGUAUGUAGCUUUUUAGCUUUCCCACCCCUCAUUUUGAACAAGAAGGCAGCCCUUGUCAUUGAGCCUAAUACAGCACAGAUGGGGCUGGAGUGCCCAGGAUGGAGCCAUGCAAAGGAGGAAGGAGCAGCCUGCUUCUGUCUCCAGCCCCCACCUGAGGCUGUUGCUCUGCCCUUGGCCAGCAGCAGACACACCAGGUGCUGGUCUCUUGGGAAGCUGCAUCUUGCACGCACUUUCUCCUUGUUGGCAUUGCUGCCGUCUGUUCCUUGUUGGAUUUUGAACAUUUAAGAAGUGAAUCAGUUUCCAGACCCAAACCUCUGGUUAGUUUCCUUUAGGGUUUUUUUUUUUUUUUUGUCUUGAAGUUCAUAAUUUUUUUUAUAAACCCAGCAGGCUGGUGUAUUUUCUUUUCUUUUUUUUUUUCUGAUUGCAUUGUUGUUUCAUUGAUAUUUUAUUCCUGGGGGGCCAAGAGAGGACUUUCUUCCCCACAUUGUUUUCCAUCUCAGGGGAUUCAGAGGUGACUUAGACAAAUAAAAGGGCCUUAUUGGCAACAAACACCCUGCGUCCCUGGCCCUGGUGAGCAGAGCUGGCUCUGUGCUCCAGGCUGAGGGCCAGGCAGGACGUGUGGGCUCUGCUCUUGGCUCCUGGUGGAAGCCUCAUGCAAAGGCUUGGAAAAUUCAGAGUCGUGAUUUUUGUUUGCUUUUUUUUUUUUUUACUAACUUUUAAAAACCGGUUUGAACUGAGUACAUGUCCAAAGGGAUAGGCUUGGUUGUGAAUUGGAGAAGGAAAUGAGUAUCAUUUGGAAAUGGUGGUGGAAAAAAAAAAAAAGGGGGGGGAGAAGGAUGUUGCUCCUCUGAUUUUUGGGGUUUCUUUUGUUUGUUUGGGGAAUGGUUGGCACUUUAAAUGGGGGAGGGGGAGGAUUCGUGCUGUCUGUGAAGUGAUGGGCAGCAAGUUUGUGAUCUGUUCCCCCCCCCACCCCCCUUAUUGCCACAUCUCUUUGCCCCCUGCAGAAAGUUAAAGUCCUUUUUUAAUGUUUGCUUCCGUUUUUAGAGGGUUCUGAACUGGGCUGAGACCCGAAGAAAUGUCUUUCAUUUGAAUCUUGAUAGGAGGGGUUGACUUUUUUUUUUUUUUUAAUUUAUUUUGUUGUUGCUAUUUUCUUUUUAAAACUGGUGGCUGUGCAGCUGGACUCUGCACACGCUGUUGUGAACCUCUGGGAAAACCUCACUCCAGGUACGCUAAAGCACCUCGGUGAAAGAAGCCCCUCCUGGAGAGGGGCCGUCCUGCCCUCCCCUCGCUCUCCUGCUCGCUGCCUUACCCGGGGGCUGCAAAUUCCCCCCAGCCCUGCCUGCACCCCUCCUGGGCUUUAGCUGACUAAAUGCCCUGGUGACUUAGCCCUGUGGACAAGGCUGGUCCCCGGGGGCAGGUUACAGCAAACACUGCCUGGUCGCAAGUGUUUGUACUGAAAAACCAAUUCCUGGCUGUCGGGGGGUGCAUGCAGAUCCCCCCCCUUUCCCUCCCAAUCGUUGCAUCAUCCGUCAGCCCACCGCACCACCGCGCUGAAAACCUGGGCGAUGAACGGGGGGGGGUGAAGCCUUGAGCUCGAGGUGUGGCUGAGCCUUUUCACUUGCCUCAACAGUAAGGAUUAAUGGUAGAGCCCGUAUUUUUGUGGGGGGAGGGGGGGAAGGGGAGAUCCUGUUUUAUUUUCAUGAGAGUCAGUUGAGCUUGGCGAUGUUCGGAUGAGCCACUUGAUUUAUAUCAGAUUCUAUAGAGAGAUGGCUGAUAUUUUUGGAAAGGGAACGGCUCUAUGCAAACUUCCAAAAUUUCUUGAAGAGAUAGUUUAACAUUUUUUUACUUUGAAAUCUAAAGAUAAAUCUCUAACUUUUUUCUUAAAGCAGAAGUGCGUUUAGAAAGAGAAGCUACUUCCACUGCUCUAUUUUGAUGAUGAUUCUUGGGAAGUUGGGGCUGGGAAGGACUAUUUUUCACCAUUUCUAUCUCGCUCCUCUAGUUUUUUCGUUUCAUUUUCUAACGGAAUGCUGUGCCGUCUUUGAUUCAACAGAUCGUGUUUGUAUUUUCUGUAUCUGGUUCCUAACGUAGAGAAAUAACAAAUAUAUGAGGAAAUCAAUAUAAUGUCAAAUGUUGUUAUGGUUUGGGGGAAAAUAAAGUUUGUUUUUUUGGUACUUCA